CGCGUGGUCUAAGUGCUAAAUACUUACAGAAAAAAAAAUAAAUAAAUAAAAGAAAAGAAUGAGUGUAAAACACUGACUGCAAAGGGGGAAGAAACGAAGUGUACGUGGAAAUCGGUACAGAUAAAAAAUAAGUCUUUGCUAUGACUUAAAUUUUUCUGUGACCUCGUCAUUAGAAAUAUUCCCUGGUGGCCUCAGAUAUUACCUGACCUUUCCCAGUUUCUAGUCACGCAGCACAGCCAUUAAAUGUUUAUAUCCGUUAGCGAAUGCUGCUCGCUACGUAGCUCCGUGGUCUUGACGGGUGAGGGGGAGGGGGGUGGAGUGACGCUGAUGGCCGUUAGCGCCCGGUGACGUCACGCGGCCUUGUCGCCUCGCAGCGCGCCCAGCAUCUCGGAGAAGCAGCGCGCGUCCAGCCAGCGCCAGCGCCGCCAUGUGUCUGUGGUCCUGGCUAGUCGACUCCCUGCUGCCUCGCCGCUCCAACAGAGUGGGAGGCAUGAGCCGGCCUGCCCCUCAGGUGAAGAAGGUGCCGCCACCAGCCGUGCCCGACGUGUUCCGCCACUCGGGCUCCAGCUUCGGGUCGGCGGGCUACAGCAGCAGCGAGGACACCUGCUUCCUGGCGCCUGUCGAGGCGACGACCCGAGAUGGUUGUGACCACAGCGAGGUUUAUGCGAUGGCGGGCAAGUCGCCAGGAGGACAGUUCUCUUAUCCGGCCUUCACGUUUCCUGGACCACAAGGUAUCCAGUACACACAGCUGAUGCAUUCGGGAAAAGGCUCGUCUUACUACCACCACCAGCUGUCUCUGCAAGAGGACCAGGGCAUCGACAUGACCCAGAGCCCUGGUCGGGACAGCCCGGGCUCGUCGGGCUCGGGCUCGGGCUCGGGCUCGGGCUCGGGCUCGCGGCACAGCACGGCGAGCCUGGACAGCGGCCGCGCCUCGGGCUACCACCUGCUGGGGCCCGCGGGCGCCUCGCAGCGCGGCGGCGGCGGCAGCCCUCGCUGCUCGCUGUCCAGCUCGUCGCUGGGGUCCGGGGAGCAGGGGGGGCCCGCCGCCAGGGCGGAGCGCCUGCUGCAGCAAGGAGUCCCGGACCAGGAUGUGCUUCAUGCGUGGCUCAUGGACCUUCACUUUGAGGAAUACUUCCCCCUGUUUGCGUCCGCUGGCUAUGACAUGCCGACCAUGUGCCGGAUGACUCCGGAGGAUCUUACAGCUAUUGGUAUCAAGAAACCAAAUCACCGGAAGAAGCUGAAAGCGGAAAUAGGGUUGUUGAAUAUCUCGGACGGCCUGCCGGAGUACAUUCCUGGCUCCAUGGAGGAGUGGCUCCGCCUGCUGCGGCUGGAGGAGUACGUGCCGGCGCUGGUGCAGCAGGGCUACCACAGCGUGCAGGACGUGACGCAGCUCACCUGGGAGGACCUCGAGGACAUCGGCAUCGUGAAGCUCGGCCACCAGAAGAAGAUACUGCUGGCCAUCAAGAGGGUCAAGGACAUCCAGUCGGGCAAGAGGUUCCCUCUCUUGCAGCAGCACGUGGACGUCAUCUCGCAGGAGUCGGGCGUGGGCGGCGAGGGGAGCGUGUCGCCUGACGACGGCUACCCGCGGAACGUUCACACCACGCUUCACGCGUUCCACCAGCCGUGGGAGCUGGAGACCUCCUUCGCCCAGCUACACCACUACCACCACCACCAACAGCACCACCACUUUAGCAACACCGCACCACCACAACCACCGUUCUUCCACCCCAUGUUCUGUCCAGACAUUGUUCCCAUCAAGAUCCGUGGCGGGCGCGGGAAGUCCUUGGAGAGCCUGGAGGAUGGCACGGAGCGGACGCACCACACCUUCAGCGCAGAGAACACCCAGACGUUCUACUACCAGCAGCGACCGGGCUGGCGUCCACGCAGCUACGACGACGGAGACAUCACGCCCACCAACGAGGCAGUCCCACUUCACGAAGGAGGGGGAACCCUUCCACGGCCGAGGGGACUCGUCCGGCCGCGGCCCGUCGCCAAGAUCCCCGCCAAGACCCGGUCGGAGGCUCCGCCCCUCGCGGAGAAGCCCCCGGUGGCAGUGGCCUUCUACCGCAGCCUCCCCCGCGACCUGGUGGACGUCAGCAAGUACGGCCUGGGCAAGCGGGCACCUUCUCCGCCCAAGAGGCGGUCCUCGCGCGGCGAGGCGGACGUGGUCAUCGACUGCAGCGGACCCGUGCCCACGGCCGCCAACGCGACAACCGUGACGGCGGACCUACAUGCCUCUGCCCCAUCGCCACCCUGCCCCCUGCCGCUGCCUGCCUACCCGUCGGGCGAUCGGCUGGACGCAGGGGCAGACCUGCCCCUGCCGCCGCCCCCCGUGAUGAGCCGGUCCUGGGGUAGCGUGCCUGGCGGCUCCGACCUGCCCUCCGUGGAGCAGGAGCUCAUCAGCAGCCUGUCCCUUCAGCAGAGCAGGAACGGCUCCGACGCCAGCUUCAAGUCGAGCUCCAGCACGGAGUCGGACUCGUUGCCGUUCGCGAACGAGAACGCUGGGACCAUCAAGCAGCGAGUGACGAGACCACACCCGACCCUGACAGCGGUCGACUAUCCCGAGACAGAAUUUGUGCCUCCCCAAAAGCGACCUCAGAAUCCUCAGGGUGAACUAGCAGCUAGUCAGAAAACUUUAAGAGACAGGUCCAGCAGCCAGGAGCCCGCAGAUGUCCUGAACGACAUCGGGAACAUGCUGGCCAACCUCACGGACGAGCUCGAUGCCAUGCUGGAGGAGGAGAAGAGGCAGGGCUUGAACCAGUGAACCGUCCGCGUCGAGCGCCAGCCGUGCGCAGUGCCGCGCGCACAGUUCCUACCGAGGCCUGCGCCGCACGCCCGGAACAGCUCCAGACUGCCGCCCACACUCGCGGCAACGCUCUCGUACACUUGUUCGGUUGGCAGCUCUGACCCGUCGACACGUCCGGGCUCUUCGCGCCGCUGUGGCUGACGUGCCCGACCCACCAAGACUGAUCACCUUGAAUGUUUCCACAUUAGCUUUAGAGCAUGUGAUACGUCGCCAUGUUUCUAGUUGGCAUGUUUCCGAGUGCAAAAUGCAAAUAAUUUUUUCCGCCAUUUUUCCCCGAUUGAGAAUUUGCGAUUUCCUUGAAACUCUCCUUGGGGAUUCUAUGUUUUACUUCAAAUAUUAAGGGGGAAAGAAAGAGUAACAGAAUGUUGACAUUAAGUGUCUUUGUAAAAUAUUUAAUAUUUAAUUUUAUUGUGUAUCAUUUUGCCUACAAACUCAUUAUGUUAUUGAGCGCCUUUUGUUAUUCUUGUUUGUGUAUGUAUUACUGUAUAGUCUUGUGUUAUUGAAAAAAAAGUCAUGAUGAAAUUCCUACAGGCAUAUUAAACAUUUUUAAAUUAUGAAAACACUUUUUUUUUAUAAUAAUGUCUCAUUACUUUAGUUGUCAUAAUUUUAAAUUGUUUAUGUUUUCAUCAGCUAGCUGUGAUUGCUAAGGCAUAGAAUCGUCACGUGGGAUCAUUGGUACUUCGGGCCCUCCCUUCCCAUAAUCUUGGAGUCUCUGUCACCUUAAGCCUUCGGUGCAUAACUGUAUGACUAGGGACAAGAUUAUAUGGUGAAUUGUGGUAAAACUGAAAUAAACCAAAAAGCAUGUCAAAGCAUGGCAUGACAUCAAAAUGCAAGUUAUUACCAUAUAUGUAGCACCGAAAUGCAAGUUUGAGAAUUAAGUAGCAUUUAAACAAAAUUUAAUUCAAGUCAUAAAAAAAAAUAGGAUUCCAUUAAUGUUUGAAAGUCAAGGAUGUCGUUAUAUCCAGACAUACCAAAGUGCAUGGAUCAGUAAAAUUGAUUUUUAUUAUUCUGAAUGUAUCUGUUUUAGACCUCUUUAUUACAAAACAGCCUUAAUAAAAAUAAAACCAUAAAGUCUUGUCUCUACGUAUGAUGUAAAAUGCUGUUUUUAUUUUUUAUUUUAUAUUACUCAUGAUUUUAAUCCUUUACUCAGCUAUCAUGGUGAUAGCAUUUCAUCUUGUUCUUUUUAUUAUUAUUUCAGUCCUUCAGUAUAAUCUUUUAAAGUUUGUUUUUACAUAAAAUGAUACAGUUUGAUGUAGUGUUGUGAAGCCUUGUUUACUGGCCAAUAUUUUAAUUACAUUUCACUGUUGUUUCUAGUGUAUCCUGCUAGUCAAACUAGGAAAGGUAAUAUUUGCGUCUGCAAUUAUGUAGUUCCUGUUUGAGCCCACAGAGCAUUAGUGGCGUGUGUUCCUACUUUGUAUUAGAGUUCAUUGACGAGAGUGUUCCACAGAUACAGAAGAUAGUUCAUGUGUGUUCUUUCAUGUACGCACUACACACCUAAGUGAUUCAUGAACGAUGGUUAUAAGAACACAUUACUUUUAUCGGGAAUGUCUGUUCAGUCAUUCACCUACUACAGGUUUUCGCUGGCAUUGUACGAAACAAAUAAUUUAAUUGAAAAGAUAAUCGAGCACAAAAAAAUUUUGAGAGUAGAUAGUUCUUAUUACAAGCAGUAUUUUUUACUGCCUACACUUGCUAAUUAAAAUAUUAUAAUAUUAAUUCUACUUUAACAUUUACAAAGUGUGAAAUGUAUCCAUUCGUAAUUAACUUAUAACAAAUUUAACGGACCCUGUAAUUUAAGAUAUGUUUUUUUAUAUUAUUUGUUUUUCUCAUGUAAAAUAGGCAGAAUUCUUAUUUUGAAUCAGAAAUUCUUUUUAAGUUAUUUUACAGCAUUUAUUAAAAUAUUAUUAGCAUUUUUGCAUAUCUACUAAUAACGACUUAAAUUGGAGCAUUCCCAAUGGGUAUUAAUACUUUCCAAGUAGGUAAAAAUAUAUUAUAUAAAAUGCCAAAAACUUAUUUUUGUAAAAAAAUUGUUAUUAACCUAACUGAUCUUGGUUUUUGCAUGACUGUAAUUUGAAUAAAAAUGUUAUUUGGAAAAAUUGUUCGGUAAAUUUUAAAGAUCGUUUUGUCCUUUUUCUUACUACUUAUAAUUUUACUGGAAAUUUAAUUUAUUAGUUAUUAAAAUUUUAAACAUUGUAUUAAAAUUACAAGUAGAAAGGCAAUACAUAUUUUAAAUGGCAUGGAAUUUAAUGCUUUUGGUUUGAAAAAAAAUGUUUUUUGCAAUGAUGCCAAUAGUACUUUUUUUUUCUGACAUUGAAAACUAUAAAAGUCCCUUUAUCGCAAUAGCUUUGUGCUCUGGUUAUGUUCACAUGGACGACACAAGUCCACGACAAGUGGAGGAGUAUGAAAGGGUGUGCACAUUGAGGAGGUUGAAAUGUGCUAGGCCCUGUAGGCAGUAUAUUGACCUGUUCAUCAUAGAGCUAGAGCUAGUUAUAUAUAAACACCUACUGUAGUAGGAUAUACGUAAGUAAAACUGUCUUGAUUUCUCAGCUAUGUUUUGCAAGGAGGCUUAGGAAGGGAUAAGGGGGAGGAAGCACAUGCUCAUAACAGGUAGCUAGCGCUCUGGGCAAAUAAUCUUUAGCCACCCUACCUUCCUUAUCCAGUUUCUCCCCCCUCCCUUUCCCCCCAAACAUCAUACAAUUUUAGGAUUCAAUUGUAUUUAUUACCAGCUUUAAAAAAGUACAUUUUGCAACCAAAUCCUAAUGUUUUUCAAAGACAUGAUUGUUGCAGUUUUAUACCACUGUUAUGACGACCAUAAUAAAACAUGACUUACAGUAUAGGUACUGUAUUUUUUUAAGCACACUGCAGUAGGUAGUAUUAACUAACAUUUCCCCUUGACACGUAUUUUUUAAAAUCAAACAAUUAUUGUACGUUAAAAAACUUAUUUUUCCAUUACUCAAAUAUUUUUGUCCUAUUUUUUUAUUCGCACCUAAAAUUCUCCCGCCCCUCAAAUUGUGGCGUUGUGUGCAAGUGUCUGUAGGCCCGCCUGUGGAUCGGGGCCUGGCGAGGGUCGCAAGUCCUGCUGGCCGAGCGGUCGUCUGCCCCCGGUGGUUCAGUUCUAGAUCGUAGCCGUCUUGACCAGGAACUGACCAGGCACUCCCCUGCUUGUGGGCUCAGGCCUCGUCCUUGUAAGGGAUGACGUGCCCAACGUUUUGGCUAGACUUCUGUGAAUAAUAUUUGUUUUUUUUUUUCUAAACAAAUUUUGAAUCAAACAUCACAAUAUUCAUGAAUAUAGAAUAGUUCUCUAACCAAAUUUUAACAUAAGGUGAAAAUUUUUUUUUCACACUUCACAGGAGUCCGAGAAAAAUUGAUUUACAAUACAUUAAAAUAAAAAAAGAAUAAAAUACAUGUAACCAUUAAAAAGAGGUGUAAAAAAAAGAGAUUUAAAAAUAAACCUGAUGAUGUGUUUUCGUAACCAGUAAAUUUUAAGUUUGAAAGUAGUUUUAUUGAUCUGGUUACAUACAUAAAAUAUUAUAUUAUUAAUAAUUUAAAAAUCAUAAUCAUUGACUAUUUGUUAACUAUAAAACCAUGUGUGAAUAAUGUUGUAGUACACAUCUCAAUUUCUCAAUAAAUUAUCUUAGCCUGAUACACGUUGCAUUUUUUUUGCAAAUGUGUCCGACAUGGUGUAGGCCUAUCUGCUGGUAACAAAUAAAUUGAAAAAAAAUUUCAAGUGGAAAUGAAUCAAAUAUCAAAUUAUUCUCAAAUAUAGAAUACUUUGAGAGUACUUGCAUACUCCUAGUUCCGGUCUGCCUCGCAGCUAUUAUCAAGGGCGGUUAUCCCCCACCAUCAGCACUCACUUGCUGUGGUCAUGUGGAAAACUCAUCUUCUUAUCCAGACAGGAUAACUAGCUUCGUUUAGCAAAAAUUCAUUUUCAUUGACUUCAUGCUUGGCAUUUGAAAUGUCUCUACACAACACCUAAGAGGUAAGCACUGUCUUAAAUACUGCUUCUUUGAAUACCAAAGUGUUAAGUUCUGUUUAAAUUCGUUAGAAAAAUAUUUUGCAAAAAUCGCCCUUGAUAGCAGUUGUAACAAGGCACGUUGAAUUGUAGGGCACUUCAUCCUUUUACGAGGAUAUGGUCUCAACCUAUAUGCCAAGAAAUAGGUUGCGAUUCAGGUUUAAUUCCAAGAGGGUUCAAGUGUGAAAAUUUUUCCAGGAGUAGGUUACUGUGGCAGGGAUUGUCGCGGGCCAUUAGAUUACUUGUUGGGCUCAUGUCGUUGCUUGUCAUCCAUCCCUGAUGACGCCUGUCAACAAGACUUUCAGCCGUGGUCCACUCGCUGCCUGCUCGCAAGCAUAGGCCACUCAGCUGUGUCCGUACUUUGAAUUAGUUACUUACUCUUGAGUUGAGGGUUUGUGAAGAAGGGAUGGUUCAGUUUAAGAAGCAAAGUGGAAUCACUCGGUCAUUGCAACUGUAGGAAGCAUGUUGUGACUCAGAGAGUUUUCUUUUAUUUCGCUCUCCAAUUAUGCCAUGGCAGUGCUGUGAGCGACAGUGCUGUUACAAGUAUUUCAACACCACAUGUUCGCAGCCUGUUCAAUCAUGUGUAAAGGCAAGAUUUUGUGGUUUUUUUCAUUCACCACAUUUUGUUUUUUUUUAAAUUGUUGAUAUCUGUGUUUUGGGUUUUGUGGUUAUAUGUAACUGCAGUUUAUUUACAAAGGUGGUGAAAUUUCAUAUAAAAAUUCUAUUAAAUGUUUUGGAUACAUACCAUUUUCCAUUUUCCAUUUUCAUACAACUGGUGUACUAUUUGGUUUGUGACAAACUGCAUUUUUUAAAUCAAAUUAAUUGUAUAAUGACUGAAAAGGAUUUGCUCAGAAUGAAAGAAAUAAACUAUAAACAUUUUUAUGUUCUAAUGUUUAUAACCACAUUAGCAAAGUAAAAUAGAAAAAAAAUAAUAACUGAAUUAUUAAUGGGGAACAUAAUUGAUUUUUUCACUCCUCUUCAGUUAAACUUUUUGUUAUGUACCGUAUAUUGAAAUUAUAACAAUCAUUAAAUUUGAAUGCUAACAAAUGACAUUUAUCUGAGGUUUUUUUUAAAGUAUUGAUUUAUUUUGUAAAAAACUUAAAUUUCAGUGUACUUGAUAAGUUGGCGUUAUUUUAAUUUUGUUGCAGUUCACCAUAAAGUCUUGUCCCUAAUCAUGUGUUACCAAAGAUAUUGUGUGCUCAUCUACCUUAAAUAUUUCUUUCAAUAUCUUUUAGUUUAUGUGGUGCUGCUCGUUACUUAAAAAAAGGAUGCAACAUUUCUAAAUGUUAUAUUUUGUUUUGUGUUAUAUAUACAUUCCUGAUGGCCAUAUGUUUCUGUCUAAAAUGUGGCUACUCAAAACUUGCCAUAACAUUGUUUAGCUCCAUUUAGCCUCACAAUUUGAACAUUGUUUGUUACUGGUUUUUCUUGAUGAGAACAAAAAAAAAACUAGUUCAUGUGCUAUAUCAUUAGUGAGUUCAUUAUGUAGAUUUUUGUACAGGAUGAAGAGGACAUUUUGUGUAUAGUUAGAUAUGAAUUGCUCUAUAUAGGUACGUAUAUGGAUAUAUAUAACUGUAUAUUACUAAUGCAUGUACAUAGUUACCUAGUUGCAGUCACAGUGGGAGAUGAGCAGAUGUUUGCGCACAGUACUACUUUGUAUCCUUCCGACAAAUAGUUCCAAGAAACUCAUUCGUGAGUGUUCGCUGCAUAUGAGUUUGACACAAACAUUGCAGGACAGUUACAUGUACAUACUUUGAAAAGAAAAGAGUAAAAUAAAAAUUAAUAAAGUGA